CGGCGAGUCCAUGUGGUGUUGGCACGCGAGUAUCGUCUGUGUAAAUAGAGACUUGAUCGUCAUCUCUGAACAGCGUUCAUGAAAAUGGGAGAACCUAAGAAGGGAGACGGUUCUUGGUGGCAGAUCUUGCUUAACGUAUUUCUUGUUACCUUGGUAACGGAAGAGAAAGCUGAAACGCCGGAAGACGGUAUUGCCGAUGCAGACGACGACCACAGCGAUCCUCUUAGCAAAGUCCGGUUACCAAGGAAACUGCCGUCCAUCGUAGACAUCAAAAGGAAGCUUCCAGUGUACUGUUUCGAUCCCAAGGUCUCCACGUCGAUGUACUACGCCUUCAAGGACGUUGUUCUUAUUGCCGCUUUAUAUGUCCUCGGAGAGCUAAUGUGGAAUUACCUCCCCUUGAUUCCUUUCCUGGCCUUGACCCCUGUGCUUUGGUUCGCGCAGGGCACCCUUUUCACAGCUGUGUUUGUUGUCGGGCACGACUGCGGCCAUGGGUCCUUCUCGCACCACGUCCUCCUCAACGACGUCGUUGGGACGGUGUUCCACACGUUCCUGCUGGCGCCGUACUAUACUUGGAAGGUGUCCCACAAGCAUCACCAUAAGAAUACAGGCAACAUAGACAAGGAUGAAGUCUUCUACCCGGUAAGGAAAUCGGACAGUAGGGGUGAAGUCACUCUACCGUGGUUUGGACUUGGAGUAGGGUGGUUCGGGUAUCUAAUUCGGGGCUACAAGCCCCGCCAGGUGUGUCAUUUCAACCCUCUCCAACCCAUCUUCUCCAAACACGUCUUAGCAUGCAUCGUCACUUUGGUUGCCAUGGCGGUAUGGUGCUCGUGUCUGUAUUCCUACGCGAUGGCGUUUGGAUUCUGGAAGUUGUUUUACCACUACAUUGUUCCCGACCUCAUCUUCGCCACGUUGAUCGUCAUGAUUACCUUUCUCCAUCACACCGAGGAUGAGAUCCCCUGGUACUCGGAUCACCUGUGGAGCAACGUGCGGGGCCAACUCAGCUCCGUUGACCGCCACUACGGUCUCAUUCACGACGCCAUCCACAACAUCGGGACACACCAGAUCCACCACCUCUUUCCAAAAAUCCCACACUACCGUCUGGAAGAGGCCACUAGUCACUUCCGGAAGGAGUUUCCAGAUCUCGUGAAAUCUCACGAUGAAGGCAUUAUGCCUGCUUUUGUCAGAAUGUUCAAGAAGUACGUGAAACAAAGCGUUAUAUCUGAUGACACCGAAGUCCAUCUAUACAAAUAGAUUUAGGAAUUGAUUAGAAAUUAGGAUUUGAGGAAUUUUAGUUCAGAAAUGCGGUGUGCCUUAUCAUUCCAGUGAUGUUUGUUAGAAUAAUGGUGUGUGAUCAGUGAUGUUGACGUGGUUACUUGAAAGCAAAUAGGCGAUAAUACCAAUAUUUUAGUACAACCUCUUAGGGACCAACCUAUUCAUUUUCUGUUGAAGAGCGGAGUAGAUAUUUUGUUAAAUGAUAUGUUAGAAUGAACAAAUUGUCCUCAGGAAUUUACAAAACUAUAUUAUAUCAAUCCUUUGAAUGCCCUGAAUGUGCAUCGGUCCCGACAAAAUUGUUAGGUUUCGAGUCCCGUACCACCUCUACCCCAAAUUAUCCAAAAUCUGGUCUUUUGACGGGAAGCCAAAAUUAGUGCCAGUGUUGACAAGAAACAUAUUUUCUUAUCAUGUGGCCUUCGUAUGACUGGGGCGGUGAGCUAACCAAGUGGUCAAAGCGUUCGCUCGCCACGCCGAAGACCCGGGUUCGAUUCCCCACAUGGGUACAAUGUGUGAAGCCCAUUUCUGGUGUCCCCCCACAAUGAUGUUGCUUUAAUAUUGAUGAAAGCGGUGUAAAACGAAAACUCACUUACUUCGUGUGAUGGUUUCUAGAUGGUUUCUAGUGGGUUUCCUGCCACAAUGGUCUAUUUGGUUGCAGUUGUUGCUGUUUCUUCUGUUGUUGCUGGACGGGUUCAAGUAUUUGUGUUGUUUAUUGUUGGUGUGGAUUAAGUUGUGGUAUAUUUUCAGAGUAUUCUCCUUGUUUGAAGAUUUCAAAAUGAGUGGGGGCGGUGGGGUAGCCUAAUGGUUAAAGCGUUGGCUCGUCACGCCGAAGACCCGGGUUCGAUUCCCCACAAGGGUACUAUGUGUGAAGCCCAUUUCUGGUGUUCCCCGCCGUGAUGUUGCUGGAAUAUUGCUAAAAGCGGCGUAAAACCAAACUCAGUCAGUCAGUCAGUUAGUCAAAUUGAGUGGAUCAUGCCAUUUCUUUUAAGUGAUGAAUGGCGUUUUAACUGCAGAGUGGUUCGGAAAAGUGCCAUACAUUUUACGAAUAAGAUUUUAUCAUCAGAUAUAUCCAUUACAUUCGGACAUAUUUGUCAUGCUUCAAAUGGUGCCAUACGUUCCAUUAACACAUGGUAACACCCAUUUCCGCCUAGGAAGUUAUCAGUAUCAGUAUUGUGUACAUACAUAUUUUAUUUGCUUAGCUAUUCUGAAUUAUUUCUGUGUCGGCAUUGUUACAGUUCAACCUCAUGCCAGGUACUAAAAGUCAGGUUAUUUAAUACAUGACACGUUGUAUGGAUAACAACUUAUUUUGUUCUCUAUACGACGUUUCAGAGCUAAUGUAUUCAUGUUCGUCCAACUUCUAAACGCCUUUAAAAAAACUUCAGGUUAUUCAAGAUAGAGACCUACAGGACGUUAUGUUUAAAUAGUUUAUAUGUCUUGCCUUAAGAAACGAAAAAUGAUGAUGAUGAUGAUUAUUAUUUUGGGAUGAUUUCCCUUGUAGCCGAUGAGGAUGAUUGUAGUCGCUGAUGGUGUGAUGAACAUUGUAUAGUCAGAUACUUGUGUAUAUUUCAGAACCAAAGAAGUUGUAAGUGAUCAUGAUAAAUAACCAGAUUAUCUUAACUGUUUCGUUGGUAACACUGUCUGGUAUUCCACAGAUACUAUCCCAAAUACGUAGAUCGCUGCUCAUAAUGUUGAUCACUGGAUUGUCUGGUCCAUACUCGAUUAUUGACAGACCGCCCACAUAUAGCUGGAAUAUUGCUGAGUGCGGCGUUAAACAAUUAAAACAAAACGAUAUAUACUACUUAGAAAAGGCCUUCCCGGAUCUUGCGGGUUGUUGCUGUAAAUCAACUGUUGCAACUAUCACCACUAUUGUUCUAGCGGAAAAGCCAUAGUCCUUAACAUGUGUGAGUUGUAUAUUGUGAACAUAUACUGAAACCCCGUUAUUCCGGAAACCUGGUGAAUGUCUGGCCGAAAUAACUGGCUUGCUGUCCAGCCAACUCGGAUUGAACAGAUCUUCGCCCUCAUGCUUUCUGCAGUCAUGAUCCAUGUCCAUAUUACUGUCCUUGUCAAUAAUACGCAGUUACCUCCCAUCAUGUCCUUGACCUUUGAACAAAAGUCGGCCAUUUUGACUUUUGCCGGCUCCCACAAGGACUUCAUAGUAUUGUGAAUGUAAACUGACAGUGAUGUCGGUCUUUAGAAAUUUAUCAUUGCAUAUACAAAUUUAUGUCUCUUGUGAUGUAUACAAGUAUUUUAGAAUUUGUUUAUGUAGUGUUUAUUUUUACUGUAUUGCAGCAGGUUUUGGCCUGUUUUGCAGUUCAGUUCAUUUUAACUUUGUCUUCAAUGUGCAAUCGUUAUACACUUUCAGUGCCUAGCCCGAAAAUUUCAGUAAUUUGUGAUGCUUAUAUGGUAAAAAGCGCAGUUAUCGUAUCUCGUUAUCCGAUCGUCAUUCACCUUCGGCUGCUUUGAAUUUCUCUGGGGAUACGAAAGGGAAACGGGUGACAAGGGAAAAGCUUUGCAGAGUUGCAUCCCGUAGGUUUGAAAGAAAGCUAUGGUCGUGGGCUCGAGUCCCAUUUCAGGGUUGGGCGUUUUUUACAUGACUAUGAGCAAUGCUAUAAAACCGUUCUGAAUUUCA